AUGCUAUCGGCUGCGAUGGAUUACCUGAAAUCUUGCUGGGGGCCGGCAUCACCGGCCGGGCGCCCCCGCAAAGGAUCGGACGCCACCGGCCGCCAGGACGGGCUCCUGUGGUACAAGGACGGCGGGCAGGUCGUCGAUGGUGAGUUCUCCAUGGCCGUGGUCCAGGCCAAUAACCUGCUGGAGGAUCAUAGCCAGGUUGAAUCCGGGCCGCUGAGCACAUCGGAGCCUGGACUGCAAGGCACCUUCGUCGGGGUCUAUGAUGGGCAUGGUGGCCCGGAGACGGCGCGGUACAUCAAUGAUCAUCUCUUCAACCACCUGAGGAGAUUCGCAUCUGAGCACAAGGGCAUGUCAGCAGAUGUGAUUCGGAAGGCAUUCCGAGCGACUGAGGAGGGUUUCAUUUCUGUAGUUAGUGACCAAUGGUCAGUGAGACCUCAGUUAGCAGCUGUAGGCUCUUGCUGUCUAGUUGGCGUGGUUUGCAGCGGAACUUUAUAUGUUGCAAACCUUGGGGACUCCCGUGCUAUUCUUGGGAGACUUGUCAAGGGAACUGGAGAGGUUUUGGCAAUGCAGCUCUCAGCAGAACACAAUGCAUCCUAUGAGGAGGUUAGACGAGAGCUGCAGGCAUCACAUCCUGAUGAUCCCCAUAUUGUGGUCCUAAAACACAAUGUUUGGCGUGUAAAGGGUAUUAUCCAGAUAACAAGGUCAAUUGGAGAUGUGUAUUUGAAGAAACCAGAGUUCAAUAGAGAACCUUUGCACAGCAAGUUUCGUCUUCAGGAAACUUUCAGAAGACCACUUCUUAGUUCCGAUCCAGCAAUUACUGUACACCAAAUACAGCCAACUGAUAAGUUCAUCAUUUUUGCAUCUGAUGGACUCUGGGAGCAUCUUAGUAAUCAGGAAGCGGUUGACAUGGUCCAAAGUAGCCCGCGUAAUGGAAUUGCUCGAAAGUUAGUAAAGUCUGCAAUGCAGGAAGCAGCAAAGAAGAGGGAGAUGCGGUAUUCAGACCUCAAGAAAAUUGAUCGGGGGGUGAGGCGGCACUUCCACGAUGAUAUAACUGUCAUUGUGGUGUUUUUCGAUUCAAAUGCCAUGACAACUGCUGCCUGGAGCAGACCCUCGGUCUCUCUCCGAGGGGGUGGGGUUCCAAUCCCUUCAAACACCCUUGCUCCAUUCUCAGUUCCCACAGAGCUAAACAACUCUUACUGA